AUGCCCGUCGAGUAUGACACAUUUUCCCGAGUCGCUGAGCUUUCCAAAAAAUUGAAGACCGGUCAGGAUUGUAACAUGACGUUGAUAUACCUGUUCAUCAUUGAUCCUCCCCUUGAAUGGGUUGAUAUGUUUGGAAUCAAGUCAGAUGUUGCUUCGUAUCAAAAGUUUAAGGCCACAAAAGUGGCGGCGACUGACCUAAUGAUGCAGAUUCAACUCAAAGAAGAAGCUGCCUCUCUAGAAUCUACUGUAUCCAAAGAAGAAGUUUGUCGAAACCAGAAAAUCGAGAAGCAAGAGCAGUCCGUCUCUACACCACCAGUACCUACACCAGUACCGUGCCAUAAAUUCGAGAAUAAAGUAUCAAAAUCUGUGACCCCUGCCGAUCUGGGUCUCGACCUUUCUGAUUCCGAGGAUUCCGAUGUUGAAGAUGAGACUCCAAAGAGCCAGACAGCGGAUCAAAGUACCGGAUGCUAUAAGAGUCCAUCGUUUCCAAUUAAUGGUAUUGCUUAUCAAAAGCCAAAGGCCGAUCAGAAGUCACUGAAAGCAGCAGCGAAAAAUAGAUACUCGGGCAAGAAACCAAAUUCUGAGAAGUGCCGAAAGAUGGCCCGUGGUAUCCAAUACAUGACCAAGGAAACUCCACAAUCGGUUACUUUCAAACUCGACGAUGAUCUUAUGAAGCUGGUUAGAAUGGAUGCAAUGAAACAGAAGGAGGAAGAGUUGAAGAAAUUGCAGGCAAAAGAGAAUCGUGCUCCACACAGAAAGAGCAAGGCUUAUUAA